ACCGAUGAGCUCCAGCUCGUGUUCUGCUAACUAUGCUAGCUGACUCGUUGGCUAAAUACGUAGUUUGAGGCCAGAAUCUCAAACCUCUCCUGAUUUCCAUUCUUUACUGUUGUACUUCACUAGGGUCUGAAACUGCGGCGUUUACACGCUAACUGCUGCAGCGUGUGUUCAUUUAUAAUGCAUCCGGAGUGUUUACUAGCUAUAGAACUCUCGGAAGUGACAAGGCCUCUGAGAAGCUAACUAGCAGGUAGCUAAUUCCUCAGGAAACAUUAUGAUCCGGUUGUGUAAAAACAAAGGUGGUGCUGAUAACGUUCUUUCUGGGUUUGACUGCAAUGGAGGGCUCGGAUAAUGCAGAUCAAGGCAGUAGCGAACAGACCGAUUCGCAACGCAGGCAGCAGCAGGACCGCCUUCGCAGAGAGGAGGCCUUCUACCAGUUUGUUAACAAUCUGAGCGAGGAGGACUACAGGCUGAUGAGAGACAACAAUCUUCUCGGCACACCAGGUGAAAUUACUGAGGAAGACUUGUUGAAUCGCCUUCAUCAGAUUAGGGACGGCCCUGAGCAGCCACACAGUAGUAGUAGUAGUAGCAGCAGCAGCAGCAGCAGCAACAUUCCUGAAGUCAGUAGGGGGGAACCCAGAGUUUCAGAGGCAGAGGGUACAGAAGAAGCAUCCAAUGGCGACACCCUUCUUGACUGGCUCAACACGGUGCGUCAAACCGGCAACACAACAAGGAGCGGGCACCGGGGCAACCAGUCAUGGCGUGCAGUGAGCCGAACCAAUCCAAGUAGUGGAGACUUCCGCUUCAGCUUGGAGAUCAAUAUCAAUCGCAGCAUCGCUGAGCAGCAAACACAGACUGAGGCAGAGCGACUAGACGCAGACCAAAGCCGUGCUGAUGGCUCUGUAUCGGAACCCGAGACACCCAUGGAGGCGGCAGAGGUGGUUGAAGAGCCAGUGGUGGAAGAGAUGGCUGUUAUAGUCGAACCAGAGCUUCCUGCACCUAAUAGCCCAGCUGUAACCAGGCCGACAAGCCCACAAAAUCCGCUCCCAACUUCUCCAAGUCUGCCUCAAGUAGAGCGGCCAAGUCGAGGCCAGAUUAGAGCUCGUAGCCCCAGCCCGGAACAGCGCAGAACCAGGGCGCGAACAGCUAGGAGUCAUUUAGCCCUCAGCCUGGACCAGUUAGACGGGCUUCCGCAGGCUCGCCAUGGACUACCUUCUCGAAGUCCUUCUGAACCUGUCCCAGACGUUCAGGUGGACGGCAGCUCCAGGACACGACUACACGUUCUUUCUCGGCAGAAUAUACAGUUAGAAAGCGAGGAAACUAUAGCAGCCACAGAGCCCCAACCAGCACCUCAGCCCCACCAGGAAACCGAAACACCUUCAGGGGAAGGAGGCGCUUCAGCCCGACGUCCUCCAACAAUAAUGCUGGACUUGCAGGUUCGUAGGGUGCGACCGGGCGAGUACCGCGAGAGAGACAGCAUCGCCAACCGUACCCGCUCUCGAUCACAGACCUCCAACAACACUUUCUUGUAUGAAACGGAGCGUGGAGGCUUUCGCAGGACCUUUUCACGUUCUGAGCGGGCCGGUGUGAGGACGUACGUCAGUACUAUCCGUAUUCCCAUCAGGAGGAUCUCCGAUGCUGGGCUUGGCGAGGCCACUUCCAUGGCUCUGCAGUCCAUGAUCCGGCAGAUCAUGACUGGCUUUGGCGAACUCAGCUACUUCAUGGACUCUGACUCGGACUCCACGGACUCGAGCCGUGGCUCCAACCCCGCGGCGGAUCUAGCCGAUGCUCUGGGAAAUCCAGAUGCUGGAAGUCCCUCUACUGUGACUGAGCCAUCACCUGGGGCAGGAGGCUCAAAUCAGAGUGGCUCAGAAGCACAGACUGAAGAGCGGGAAGAUAGUGGUGCAGCUCUAAGAGAGAGCAGAGCAAGGCAACGAGCUCCUAUCAGUCUAGAGGAGUCCGGCUCUUUGCCCUUUCUGCGACUUGCACAUUUCUUCUUGCUCAACGACGACGAUGAUGAUCAGCCCAGGGGCCUCACCAAAGAGCAAAUCGAUAACCUCUCCAUGCGCAAUUUCGGUGAGAGUGAUGCACUCAAGACCUGUAGCGUCUGCAUUACAGAGUAUGCUGAAGGCAACAAGCUUCGUAAACUUCCCUGCUCGCACGAGUACCACGUGCAUUGUAUUGACCGUUGGCUUUCAGAGAAUUCAACUUGCCCCAUCUGUCGCAGGGCAGUCCUCGUUUCUGCCAACAGAGAGAGUGUUGUCUAGACUCCUAUCAUACGUCAUGCUAUUCUUUCGCCUUACUAUAACAUUUGGUACCUUGUAACGAAUCGUGUCUUGCAGACACGCAAACCCAAACUAUACUAGAGCAACAGAUUGUAGAGUACAUUUACAGAGACACUUCACUUAUGCUCCAAUCCAGACUUUCAUCUCCUGAAGGUUCCAUCGAAAUAGUAAAUGUUAUUUAUCCAAAAUAUGUUUGAUUACAGUGCUACCUUGUGAUUUAAGAAUUAACUAAUCAUUUGUGCUUAUACGUUUAGACUGGGUGCAAUUUGAUUAGAUGGAAAUCAGGCAUUCUGAUAGUCGAAAGAUAUAUUUAUGUACAAUUUAUUGCUUUUGGAUUAUCUAAAGAAUUGCUUCGAUCCAUUGUAAUUGCAAUUUGGACUCCAUUUUAGGUUCUCAGCAAACGUUAAUAAGCAACGUUUUUUUUUGUUUUUUUUUAAAUUUUUUACAAAUUUUUUUUCCCAGUAUACACAAGUGUAAAAAGAUUCAAUGCUAUUAAAUGAUCUAUGUGAGUUUUCAGUUUGGCCAACAAGAACCUGUUACUUAAGCUAAGGACCGUGUUUCCUCGUACAUCAAUUCAGCCUAGUCUAAUAUAUCGUCAUUGGGAGUUCUUAAAAAUCCAUUUCAGCCUUAAUUGAAUCUGUGUCUGGAAUAUCUCUCAUUGAUUAUUUAAAAAAUAAUAAUUUUUUCUUUUGAGGUUAAGAAGGAGUGUUCCUCAGUAUUGUUGUGUGGGGGGGGGAAGUUCAAAGGUGAGUUUCGAGCCUUAUAAUCGAGCCAUCAUGCUGUAUUUACUCCCAAGGAUUUUCAGAUUCAGUGGUCGUUCAAGUGACUUCAUAUUUCCGAACGAGUUAAAAGACUUCCCUACACACAAACGCUAGUGCAAUAUUUUACAAAAGAAGAAUUUGAGCUGUAUAAACUUGAUACAGACCGUGAGGAUUGAAGUUUAUAUUGAAGAGUUAUCUCCUGGAAACAAGGUUUCUUUACAUCUGUUUAUUGCAAUAGCACUACUCUGUUGUGCCGAACUGAAACACUGAAGGUUCUUUCUUCAUAUUAUACAAUAGUAGGUUUUUAAUGUAUUUGGUAAAUAAAGUUUCCGGUUGAAGAGUACUGAAGAAUGAGUAAAGACGGACAGACAAAAAAAAAAACGACAAAAAAAAAAAACGACAAAAAAAAAAAACAAUAAUAAUAUCAUAAAGUCGUCUUAAUUCUUCUAAAGUGGAGCCCCUUCCCAAGUAUUCUCUCUGACUGGUCACAGCAGGAUUUCAUCUUUUUUUUUUCUUUUCUUUUCUUUUUUUUUUUUGCACUAUUGGCAUGCAGCCUCAGAUGUCGUUUAAUGCAGCCCAGAUAUAGUUCAGAAUGUUUUAUAAAUGCAAGUUGCAUUUUAGUCAGUGGGGUGGCGUUGUUACUUUUUUUUUUUUUUUUUUUUUUUGUUUAAGUUUUUUUUAAAGUUUUGUUUUUUUUUUUUGUUUUUUUUUAAGCAUGUAUAGGCUUCAGUUAAAAUAUUUUGUUAGUCACAUAUAUGGCUAACCCACUAAGUUUGCUGACAAACUGACCACAUUAAAAAUAAAGUCGCCCUA